AUGCCGUCAAAGCCCUCGACGGUUCCUCUGACGCGGAUGUUCAGGCGCUCUUGGCGGCCAAGCGGUCCCAGCUCAAGACGCUGCGGACGAAGAAGCUGGGGGACGAUCCAUCCCGAGCCUGUUCCCGUCGCGCAGCUGCGCGCGGCCCUGCGCCGCCUGGCAGACGUCUACUGCAACGACGCCGCCCAGCUGGCGCACGAGAGCCGCAGCUGCCUGCUCGGCGACGGCUUCCCGGUGCGCUGCGCGGGCGCGCUGAUGGCGCGCGAGCUGCGCGCCCUGUCGGCGGUCGACCGCCCGGUUGCGCCCGUGCUCGCCAUCGUCGGGGGCGCAACGGUGGCGGCGAGGCACGAGGUCAUCAUGGGCCUCCUGGACUCGGUCGACAGACUGAUCCUGGGCGGGGCCAUGGUGUGGACCUUCCUGCACGUCAGAGACGGUAUGCCCCUCGGCGCCUGCCCCUACGACGCCGAGGGCGCCCCGCUGGCCAGGGAGGUCCUGGAGAAGGCGGAGGCGUGCGGCGUGACCAUCAUCAUGCCGCCGCAGGACUUCCUCGUCUGCCAGGCCGACGGCCUGGGCGCCCGGAGCUCCGGCGGCGAGGUGCUGGUCAUGCGCGUGCGCACGGCCAGCCAGGGCAUCCCGAGCGGCCACGUCGGCACGGAUUUCGGGGACGCCGCGGCGGAGGCCAACGCGGAGGCGGUGCUGCAGUCCAAGGCCGUCGUCUGGCUCGGCUGCCUGCGCAUGUGUGCGUCGGCCCCGUCGGACGUCGGCACGCGGGCGCUGGUGACAGCGCUGGUCACGGCCACCAGCUUCGGGGCCACGUCGGUGCUCGCCGACGGCGCGGCCGAGGAGGCCUGCGAGAGGCACGGCGCCCGGGGCCGCGUGACGCACUGCGUGCUGGGGGAGCAGGCCGCGGCCGCGCUGCUGUCGGGGAGGCGCGCCCCCGCGGUCGACGCCCUCACGCUGCAGAGCGACAGGUGCUCGGCCGACUUGGCGGGCGACGCGGGUGCCGCCCGGCAGGCCCCUGGAGAGGGCGACGCUGACCCCGCCAAGCUCGACAGGAGACGCCGGGGCAGCGGCGUAUCUGCAGGGCCAGGCACGCAGAUGAGCUACAUGGUGGAUAACAGCAGCCUGCAAGCUGGCACCGAGGGCAUGGCGUACAGGAGGA